AUGUUUAGGGACCGCACGAACCUCUACUUGUCGUUUAGGCAGUCCUACACGCACCACCCGUAUCUGUCGAGCCAGGCAGCUCCGCUGAUUGAGGGAGAUGCGAUCGAGCUCGAUAUGCUGCAGCCCGGCUGGAUGGACGUCACGUCGCAGGUCGAGUCACAGCUGCAGGCCAUCACCAGCCUGAUCGGACAGCUGGCGCCCCUCCACAAGAAGCAUGCGUUACCCGGUUUCGAUGACCGCAGUGCAGAGGAGCGUGAGAUCGAGCAAUUGACGCUACAGAUCACCAAGGGACUGCAUAGAUGCCAGGCACUGGUCAAGAAAUUCGAGAGCCUGAGUCGACAGCUCGACCAAAAUGACCAGGCCCUCGUCAAGAUGUACGAUAAUAUGAAGGUGGCAAUGGCGGCGAAAGUGCAGGACACUUCAUCCAUGUUCCGCAGCAUGCAAUCUUCCUAUCUUAAGGUUCUUCGCAAGGACCCUAAAUUCGCCAGCACCGGCUCUGUAGAGCAAGAUGUACAAUUAUCGCGUCAGGCGCUUGAGCAGACACAGGACCUGCUUCAGGAUGAGCAGGAUGUGGAAAUCCGCCAGCGUGAGCAGGAAAUCAACAAAAUUGCUCAGGGUAUUCUCGAGGUGGCCGACAUCUUCAAGGACCUGCAGACAAUGGUCAUUGACCAAGGCUCGCUGGUUGAUCGUAUCGACUUUAAUGUCGAGACUAUGUAUCAAAGUGUCAAAGACGCAGACAGAGAGCUUGUCAAGGGAGAGCGGUAUCAGAAACGCACGACAAAGUGCAAGAUUAUCCUGCUGCUAUCCCUCAUCAUUAUUGGACUUUUUAUUAUCUUAAUUUUCCGCCCGCGUCGCCACUCCGUGCAGGCCGAGCCUUCCCAGCCCGUUCAGCCAGCACCAGCACAGCCAGCACAGCCAGCACAGCCAGCACAGCCAGCACAGCCAGCACAGCCAGCACAGCCAGCACAGCCAGCACAGCCAGCACAGCCAGCACAGCCAGCACCAGCACAGCCCGCACAGCCCGCACAGCCCGCACAGCCCGCCGAGCCUUAG